ACAGAGAAAGAAAGAAAAAUGGCCGCUGCGGCAUACAGUGAUAUUUAACCAAACUCUACUUCUAAUUAUAUUCAUCGAACAAUGGCGCUGGGGAUUUCGUCUCGUUAGACACCUGGAGGCAGUAUCGAGAGAGAAAGAGAGGGAGAGGGAGAGAGAGAGAGAGAGAGAGAGAGGCCGCUGCGGCACGUUACGGCGCAUCGCGGCCCGCCGACAAUCGUAGUGCGUCGGUGUUGAUAAACAAGUUUGCUGUUACGGCAUCGUCGAGGGUGGCUGGUUAUCGUCGUCUAUGUAACGCUGUGCGGACAGAAUAUCGUCCUCGCGUCUUUAUUUGGCAACAAGGACGGCGUCGAUCACGGAGCCGGCAAGGGAAGGCGCGACAGCGGUGGCGGCGGCGGCCGAGAGACAACGUCCACGGGUUAACGGCGAGUAUACCGUUGAGGUUAUGGAUAACUUUGUCAAGAUCGAAAAGAUUGGAGAGGGGACUUACGGGGUGGUGUACAAGGCCAAGGACAAGCUGACCGGCAAGCUGGUGGCACUGAAGAAGAUUCGCCUAGAGACGGAGAGGGAAGGCGUCCCUUCCACCGCCAUCCGAGAGAUAUCCUUAUUGAAAGACCUCGCUCAUCCGAACAUCAUACAAUUGUACGACGUCGUAGACGGUGACAAGCAUCUCUAUCUUGUGUUUGAAUUUCUGCAGCAGGAUCUCAAAAAGUUGCUCGACUCCGUUAAAGGAGGCUUGGACGAGGCGCUCGUGAAGAGUUACCUCCACCAGUUGCUGAAGGCGAUCGCCUUCUGCCACCUCCGUUGUAUAUUGCAUAGAGACUUAAAACCGCAAAAUCUCUUGAUAGACCGCGAAGGCCACAUCAAGCUGGCCGAUUUCGGCUUAGCCAGGAUGAUCGGUGUACCCGUGCGCACAUAUACGCACGAGGUUGUAACGCUUUGGUAUCGUGCGCCAGAAGUACUUCUAGGGACCAAAUUGUACACCUGCGCGUUGGACAUAUGGAGUCUCGGCUGCAUAUUCGCGGAAAUGGCUACCAGGAGAGCCCUGUUCCCCGGCGACUCCGAGAUAGACCAGUUGUUUAGGAUAUUCCGUAUACUCGGCACACCGGAUGAAACGAUCUGGCCGGGAGUCUCGCAACUGUCCGAUUACACCUCGAGAUUUCCGAAAUGGGAAGGGACCGAAGUAGGCAACGUUUUACCGUCCUUCGACGACGACGCCAAAGAUUUACUCUCGAAACUGCUGACGUAUGAUCCCAACCAGAGGAUAACCGCAAAGAAAGGAUUAACUCAUCCUUACUUUAAGGGAGUUAAAUUAGUUCCACCACCACUGCCAAAGAAAAACUGACCGUAGAUUUAUGGCUGACCGAAAGAGCUCCUAACACUGGACUAAUGAAAGUGUGUUCAUUUAUACUACAACGUUAUAUUAUCUGAAUAUACAUGUCUAAAUACAUUAUAUAUUUUUACUUCUA